AUGGUUCAGGUAGAGAAUAAGGCAGUGCUGAUUGUGAUUGACGGAUGGGGAAUUCCAAGUGAAUCUAGCCCAAAGAAUGGCGACGCAAUUGCAGCUGCCGAAACACCCAUGAUGGACGCUUUUCAGCAGAAUUCCAGUUGUUUCACCGAACUUGACGCCUCUUCCCUUGCGGUUGGUCUUCCCGAAGGCCUUAUGGGAAACUCAGAGGUCGGACAUUUGAAUAUUGGAGCUGGUCGCGUGGUCUGGCAAGAUGUCGUUCGAAUUGAUCAAACAAUUAAGAAGGGACAAUUGGAUCAGAAUGAAGUGGUAAUGAAAUGUUUCAAUGAUGCUAAAAACGGAACUGGGCGUCUUCAUCUAGCUGGGCUGGUCUCAGAUGGCGGAGUACAUGCCAAACAAGAUCACCUGUAUGCUUUGCUCAAAGUAGCAAAAAAUGUUGGAAUUCCUCACGUCUACAUUCACUUUAUUGCAGACGGUCGAGACACCGACCCGAAGUCUGGAGCCAAGUACAUGCAGGCUCUGCUAUCGAAAAUAAAAGAAAUUGGAAUUGGUAAGGUUGCUUCGGUAGUGGGAAGGUUCUACGCAAUGGAUCGAGACAAGCGAUGGGAGAGAGUUAAGGUUGGUUUGGACGCCAUGUGCGUUGGAGAUGGAGAGGAAAGCCAGGAUCCUGUUCAAACAAUUGAAGAGAGAUAUCAGAAAGGGGAGACUGACGAGUUCUUGAAGCCGAUCAUCCUUGGCGGUAAAGAGGCCCGCAUAAAAGAUGACGACCAAGUAUUUUUCUUUAACUACAGAUCUGACCGAGCUCGUGAAAUUGCUCAGCUACUAGGAGGCUACGACCGCACACCAUUGGAGGAAUUUCCAUAUCCGAAGAACAUCACUCUUACUACCAUGACUCAAUAUAAACUGGAUUAUCCUUAUCCUAUUGCGUUUAAGCCACAGCACAUGGGUAAUGUUUUGGCUGAGACACUUGGUAGUCAAGGUGUAAACCAGGUCCAUGUGGCCGAGACCGAAAAAUACGCUCAUGUCACAUUCUUCUUCAACGGAGGUGUCGAAAAAAUAUUUCCUCUGGAGACUCGAGACGAAUCACAAGAUCUUGUUCCUUCCAACAAAAACGUGACAACUUACGAUCAGGCACCAGAAAUGAGCGCCGCUGGUGUAGCAAAGCAGACAAACAAGCGAAUUUGCGACGGGAAAUUUGAAUUUAUCAUGAACAACUUUGCUCCACCUGAUAUGGUUGGUCACACUGGUGUAUAUGAAGCUGCCAUUAUCGGCGUCGCAGCUACUGAUAAAGCUAUUGCUGAAAUUUACGAAACCUGCAAACAAGAAAACUAUAUACUCUUUAUCACUUCUGAUCACGGAAAUGCCGAAGAGAUGAAGUUUUCGGACGGAAAGCCUAAGACAUCACACACCACAAACAAGGUUCCCUUUAUAAUGGCUAAUGCUCCCCAAGGUUGGAGCCUCCAAAAAGCUGACGGUGUCCUGGGAGAUGUAGCACCAACAAUCCUUGAAGCCAUGGGCCUGCAAAAACCGGAUGAGAUGACUGGGCGUAGUCUGCUUGUGAAAAGCUAG